AUGGUUGCCUAUCGAAAGUCGUAUGAAAAGGAAACACUAUGCGGAGGGUGGAUUCCGUGGAGGACUUGCUCCAAAACCUAUUACAACGAAGAAUAUCACCCUGUCACAGUCCCAGAGAGUAUGAAUCUGACAGAUUGUUGCAAUGGGUAUGAGCAAGUUGGUCUCUACUGUGCCUUAUCCCUAAACAGUUCCGGUGAAUUUGCCUCAAGACCUGGUGCCUGUCCAACAAAGGAAGCGGAAGCGUUAAAUAUUUCAUGCACAUUGGAUUUGGAUUGUCCAGAACAUAAAAAAUGCUGCAAGACAUCAAAAGGCACUGGCUGUUUUGAUCCUGUAUCAGAAGAGCGAACAGUGCCAAGAUACUGGUAUGACGUGUCAGUCCUGGUGAAAAUGGAUUUCGAUGAGUUAAGAAGAGUGGAUCCAAAACUUCUGAAUCAUUCACGGCUUCUGCACUCUAUGAUUACUGGCGCGCUAUGGCCCUUGGAUGUCUCAGUGUAUCAUAUUCAUACCACACAGGCAGAACCUUAUACAGAGACAUUGGUUUCUCGGGUUCUGAUUGGACUGCAAGAGCUGGUUCCAUUGGCAAACGUUUCUUCUUUGUUGAAGGACAUUGUGAUGCGAGUGUAUGAAGUUAUCGACAUAGUUGUCCAAGAUGCUCUAGCUAUUAGAAACCACAAGAUCUUCAGUGUUACUAGCAGCAGUUUUGAAGUGGCUUGGAGUGUGAAUUCGACACGGAACCAUUCGUUCAAUAUAGAAAUAUACAAAGGCAAAGAACUUGUGCAACAAAUGGAAACCCAUGAUACCAAACUAGAUGUGUUCAAUCUGGAAGCAGGCAUAAUGUACACAGUGAACAUCAGUGCUGAAGAUUGUGGCAAAAAGAUUGUCUCAAGCAGAAAAGUAAAGACAGAUGCCUUAGUAUUUGGUUUAACAAUAAGGAUCUUGAAUUAUAACUUCACGGAUCAGCUCUUCAACACUAGCAGUAUCGAAUAUCAGGCAUUUUCUAGCAUUUUGAUGAUUGAGAUCAGAAAGUCACUUCCUUCAAAUAUUUCUGCAUUAUACCAGAUGGGAAAGCUGAAAGUGCAAAUAGUCUCUCUUAAAGCUGGUAGCAUUGUUGUGAGACUUAAAAUCAAGGUAGAAGACCCAUUGUUUCCAAAAGACUUGUCUGCAUUUGAGCCAAUGAUUUCAUCACUGUUCAACAGUUCUGCAUUCCUUGUUGACCAAAAUAGCUCUCGACUAGAAGACUGGAAUGAAUGUGCAUCCCGGGCAGAGAAUGAUUGUUGCACGUAUGCAGAAUGUAUCAAUACAUUGGGCUCAUAUAUGUGCAGAUGCAAGACAACCACAGAUGCCAAUCCAUCCCGACCUGGGAGAAACUGUGAGGGAUGCCAGGAGAUGGGCAAGUGCAAUGUCAGAGCUUCAAAUAUUAUUUUUUCCAAUGUAACCAGUACCAGCUUUCAAGUAACUUGGACCACAAAUGUUACACUAAAUACUUCUUUCCAGUUUCUGUUGCUUAAUGGAAAGGAGAUUAUACAAGAGCUUAAGACCCAGAGCCACAACCUGACUAUUUCCAGACUAGAACCUGGGAUUUUGUACACGGUUGAAAUUGUGACAGAAGUUUGUGGAAAUAAAAGCAAACCAGUGCAGCAUAAAGUAAAGACAGCUGCCCAGAUACUUAGUGGAACCGUCAGGAUAUCAAAUCUCAACUAUAGCUCAGAGUUCAGCAACACAAGUAGUGAAGAGUAUCAAAAUUUUACACAGUUGUUUCUCACUGAGGUCCGUACGUCUCUGCCCCUUAAUAUUCUUCCGAAAAUGGAUGCUGGCUUGAUUAAAAUGUUGAUAACGAGUGUGACUAAUGGAAGUGUAGUGGUGAGCUUCAACCUCCUGAUUCCAGCAGACAUGGAUGCAAGCAACGUUUCCAGUUCUUUCCUUGAGGCCUUUCUCCACAGCCGCCAUUUCAUGAUUGAUAACAGCAGUCUCUCCUUACAUGAUUAUGAUGAGUGUGAGAAGGAAGAAACAGAUUGUUCUUCUGAUGCAUCUUGCUCUAAUACUUAUGGAUCUUAUGAAUGCAGCUGCAAAGAAGGAUUUGUCAACGCGAAUGCUGAGAGACCCGGGAGAAACUGUGAAGGAGCUACCCAGACAAAAGACCUGAGCAGCACAGUUUUACCUUUGACAGAUCCGUAUACUUCAAACCAUGUGCCAUCACCUGCUGGAGAGGAUUCUUCUGUCCCCAAAACCAGAAGUUUGGAAAAUGCAACCACCAGCACUAUAUUUAGCAAUGCAUCUACAGAACUAAUACUGAAUGUUCAAGUCUCAUCCUCACCACCCAGUAAGCCUUCCCAGGGGGUUUUAAUUAAGAAAGCAGUCAGAGUGCUUUGCGAGAUUGAAAAAAUUGUCAUCACCAUUCAGAAGGACUUUUUGAAGCAAGAAUCUAUCCCAGAAUCUUCCCUGUACCUGGGAAGGCCCCACUGCAAUGUAAGCUCCAGCAAUUCCAGUCAUGUCAUACUUCGGACUGGGUGGAACGAAUGUGGAACUGAAGUACAAACCAACACAACACACACCAUAGUAAAAUCAGUUCUUCGGAAUGAUCUGUUUUCUUCAAGGGUCAUCCGCCACCUGAAGGUUGUCAGUCCAAUCCUUUGUGUGUUUCAAAAUGAUCUCUUGACUUCAUCUGGAUAUACUCCAGAAGGGGUUUAUACCAUUUUUGAGGAUUUACAUGGAUCAGGACACUUCUUAACAGAAAUGCAGCUAUUCAUUGGAAAUGCUCCAAUUCCCAGAAAUUUCACCAUCUCUGCUAGUGACGACCUAAUGAUUGAAGUGGGAAUACAGAGACAUGAUAGCAACCUCAAGGUGGUUGUCAGCGAAUGUUGGGCAACUCCAACUAAUAACUCAAAGGACCCUCUGUCAUUUCCUUUUAUAGAUGACAGUUGUCCAGUUCCAAAUGCACACACCACUAUGAUUUCGAAUGGGAUAUCCAACAAAGCCCAAUUUAAACUGAAAAUAUUUUCCUUUGUCAAUGACUCAGUGGUUUAUCUACAUUGCAAAAUCCAUGUUUGUCUGGAAAUUCCGAGGAGUACUUGCAAGACGAACUGCAAUGGUUUCCGUUUGAUGAGGACUGGGGAAACUAUUGCAAUGCCCAAAGCAUCUUGGGGGCCUCUGCGCAAAUCCGGUGGUAAGCCAGCUGAAGAAAAGCGUGGCUUAGGAGCAGGUUAUACAGUCCUCAUUGUCAUUGGUGUAUUUGCUUUUAUACUAGCUAUAACAGGUCUUUCAGUUUUCCUACACCAACGCAAGACUGGGGCGUACAAUUUCAAAAUCAAGUCUGACAAUUUUAACUACCAAGUGUUCUAUGACUGAACAUUUCAGUUUU